GGGAUGAUCAGAAUGGUAGUGAUUGUCACUACCAGAGUUAGUGAUUCUCCAUUUUCUUGUUGUUCAAUCUGGACUCUAACGUACCCUGUCCAUCAGUCAAAGAUCGUCAAUCAGAGUCAGUGUUUAGCGUUAGCCUGCAGUCCGCUUACAGCGGCAGUUCAAAGGAUGCAUCCUAUCCUGGUCUUUUAAUUUCGAUACGAUAGGCAAUGUCGUGUUCCUUUUGUAUCCGUCACACCGCGUAAGGAGGAGGGGAGACGCCACAGGGUCCAGGAAACGAUCUGCGACGAUCAGUUCGAAUCGAUCAAGUACUUGUCAACGGACCGUCGGAACCGUCGAUCGAUAUUUGCGACAUGUCAUCGUUCACCUUGUGGAUCACGGCCGUCCUCGCCAGUAUAACGACUGGGACGCCCCUCCUAUCUGCAAAGGUCGAAACUGGCCUUCUCAACCUAGACGUUGACCUCCAGCACGUCGACUCGUCCAUCAAAUCCCUCUUUCUCCCGGGCUCGCCCAACUCCAACGCUCCAGGGAACACGACCUCUAGAUGCAAAAUCUAUCCCGGAGACCCGGAAUGGCCAUCUGACAAAGCUUGGUCGCAGCUCGACGUGCUCACCGGCAAACGCUUGAUUACUGGACCCACUCCGCUGGCAGCAGUAUGUUACCCUGGAAAGGACUACGAUGCUGCAAAAUGCGCCGGUUACACUACACCAGUAUGGCAGCGCUCUUACGUGCACAUGGAUGAUCCCAUCGAGAUGAUGUCCCCGGUUGCACAGGGCUUGACCUGCUCAAUUCCGAGCCUCUACGAUUCAAAGGGAUGUACUCGUGGCGGCUUUCCCAAGUACGUAGUCAAUGCUACCGAACCGAAGCAUGUACAGCUCGCUGUCAACUUUGCACGCAACACGGGCGUAAGGCUUGUCAUCAAGAACACUGGUCACGAUUUCUUGGGCAAGAGUGGUGGCAAAGACGCACUGAGUGUUUGGACGCACUGGAUGAAGAGUAUUGACUACAUCGAGAAGUACGUGGAUGAAAAACUCGGCUACUCCGGUCCUGCAUUCAAGGCUGGUGUUGGUGUGCAAGCCUUCGAAAUCUACAGAGCAGCUCACGAGAAGGGCAAAGUCGUUGUCGGUGGCGAGGGAGAAACGGUUGGUAUCAUGGGCGGGUACAUCCAAGGUGGCGGACACUCACCCCUAACUGGCCUUUACGGCACUGGCGCUGACAACGUCCUCUCUUUCGAAGCCGUCACAGCUGAUGGCAAAUUCGUCGUGGCGAACUCCACCUCGAAUACCGAUCUGUUCUGGGCGCUUCGCGGUGGAGGUGGAAGUACAUUUGCUGUUGCAAUCUCUGUAACAGUCAAAGCGUAUCCAGAUCUGCAAGUCACUGCCUCACGCUUCACUAUCUCGUCUGCGGUCACAGGUAAAGAAACCUUCUGGGCCGCGAUUCGCGCCUAUGUUGAUUCUUUCAUCCCUAAUGCCGAUGCUGGCACAUACACGUAUGCGACCCUAAUCCCCACUAAUGGAACUUUCACCUUCAGCUUCUCUCCAUAUUUCGCACCAGGGAAGUCGAAGAAGGAAGCUACCGCACUGCUCGACCCAUUCUUCACCAGCCUCAAGGACCUGGGUAUCAAGUUCGAUCCCAACGUCACACACUUCGACCAUUUCUACGAUGCCUGGCGAUCCUCUUUCCCGCUCGAAGCAGUCCAGAAGCCCAAUGUCGCUACUGCAUCACGAUUGUUUCCCCGCGCGAACUUUGAGACCAAGGAGAAGCGUCAGGAGUACUUUGAUCGCAUUCGCGCAUCAUCCGAGAACAAUCGAGUUCAAGUGCACUUCAACAUACAGGCUAAAGAUCCAUCAAACAACGAUAAUGCAGUCAACUCUCAUUGGCGGCCAUUGGUCUCUUUCAGCAUGCAGUCAGUUCGAUGGCCAAUCAAUAGUACCGCUGCCGAGAUCCUAAAGAUACGAAAGGAUUUCCAGGCUGGGGAUAUGCAAUCCUGGAGGGAUAUCAGUCCUGGAGCUGGAUCUUAUCUUGCCGAGGCAGAUCGUCUGGAGCCAGAUUUUGGAAACGCUUUCUGGGGCGACAAGUACCCGAGGCUUCUGGAGUUGAAGAAGAAGCUAGACCCGCAAGAUUUGUUCUAUGCAGCCACUGGCGUUGGUAGUGAGAGAUGGAGAGUGGAGAGUGUCGAUGGGUUGCCAAACGAGAAUGGGAAGCUCUGUCGUGUCGACUAAAGACACCAACUGAUUAUGUUCAACUUCAAUUCUAGCAAAUACUAAAUGAGAACAAUUUCGCUACCCUUCACUGGCCUGCAC